AUGCAGUCGCAUACGUUCUCGCGCGCGCGGGGCGUGCCAAUAUGCGUGAACGGAUCGUUCUCACAUUACGGACUCCAUGAACAACAGCCGUCAACUUCUCGUGGCAUAUCACGUUCGACAUCUCUUGCAUCGAGCAGACUGCGAGGAGAGACGAUAGAUCCGUCUCUUCCUCCAACCUUCAUCCCGCGAUUUCACGAUGAAGCCGCUGUUCGACGGAUGCAGUAUCGAAGGCUGGGACAAACCGAUAUGAUUGUCUCCAAGAUUAGCUUUGGUUCUGCACCUAUCGGUGGCAUGUUUGGAAAUGUCGAAGAUUCCAUAACGCAAAUAGUUGAAACCGCUUUGCGGAACGGUAUCAACCUUAUCGAUACAGCAUAUUGGUACGGACGAGACCGUAGCGAAUCAAUCCUUGGGAAGAUUCACGACGCUGAUUUCGAACCGCAACGAAAUAUAAUUUUGUACGAGACUUUACAAGCUCUUGAAAUGGCUCGAAGUUCUGGCAAGAUACGGUAUAUCGGGCUUGCCGGGUACGGACUACAAAGGCUAGCCUCACUUAUUGAAUGCUCCUCGGUUAGAAUUGAUGUUUUGCAAACUUAUAGUCAUGGUUCUAUGAAUGAUAACUCAGUUGGCGAAUUCACUUUUAUGCUUCAGAAUAAGGGUAUCGGUGUUCUUAAUGGAUCUCCUCUAUCAAUGGGUCUCCUGACGGAGCAAGGCCCACCUCCAUGGCAUCCGGCUCCAGAUUUCAUCAAAGAAACUUGUUUAGCUGCCACACAUUACUGUAUGUCGAAAAACAUGUCGAUCUCAAAGCUAGCUUUGGCGUAUGCCUUCGAAGUGCCAGGGAUGAGCUCUUGUAUAGUCGGUAUGGAUAGCAUACAGCAGGUACGAGAUAAUAUCGCACUGUGCACUUCAUGUACUCCUUUGACGGAUCUCGAAGAACGCGUGAGAGAUCGGAUUAUGAGGAGGUACUUCGAUCGGCUUGAAAACGCGGGAUGGAGCGAUGUUGAUGUAGCCGCUUAUUGGAAGCGACUGAAAAAACUGGGCUUGACUGCUCUCGCCACGCACAGGCACUCUUCCGUCGAAAGCCUUUCCAGCACGCUCAACGGUCUAUCGAUGCAGUCGUCAGCCAGCAGCUCCGAACGCCAAAGCCAGCCGCGAACGCCACGAAGUCGGAAACGAUCAAAGACGAUAUCGUAGAGAUCGCUCUUAAACUGCUCAAAACUCAUAUAUUUGCCUGGAUUAGGCACAAUGUCAC